GGUGACAACUUACAUGCAUGAUGAGGCUGCCUAUUGCCAAGCUACGCUCGCUCGCAAGCUCAACUAGACAUUGCAUCACCCUCUCGGAUGAUUCUACGCUCGUGCUGUUUCGCCUGCCUGCGCUCGCUAGUAAUCAGCACAAGCAGCACAUUGCUCGGCACGAUGAUGUUGAAUAUUAUCUCAUGCAGGAGGAGUGCCCGCACGCUGGUGGACCCAUGUCUGAUGCAACAAUUGAGCUGGACGAUGUGGAAGAUACCUACAUGGCCUCGUGUCCUUGGCAUCACUACGACUUUAAUCUAGACACUGGCGAGAGCAAGAUGGGUAUCAAAGCUUGCACCUACCCUUUGCAAAUUGAAAACGGCAAGCUCUACAUGGUUGUGAAUACGGACGCAUUGCAAGUCAAGUCUGUUGAACCAGUCAGUGAGGAAUUCAUUGCUCCGAAGACAAAACCUAUGGAACGCGUCGCCGACGAUAUCGACGGUGCCGACAAUCUACCCGUCCGUGUCACAGGCAUCGAGUACUUGUCGGACGACGCAUCCUUGACUUCUUGGUGUGUACACAUUCUCAACACGAGCCAGCCAGAACACAAGAUUCAGUUGACGCAUUACCUCUGGCUGCUUUAUACCACUCGAGAAGCUACAUACCCAAUGCAAAUCGGCUCCGACCGCCCACCUGAUGAGCCACCGCGUGAUGCGCUGCUCAAAGUUGUGCAUCCAGGAAGUUUCAAGGGCAGCGGUCGUGCGGGUAACGUCAAGCAUCGCGUCGCUAUGCUGCACUCACUCGCCAAUAUUGAGCAGUGGGCCAUUGAUCUUGCUCUCGACAUCAUGGCACGCUUCUCACAUUUCAAAACCUCUCGAGGUACCUGCUUACCUCGCCAAUUCUUUCACGACUGGCUCAAGGUUGCAAAUGACGAAGCGAAGCACUUUUCUCUAUUGAGGGGUAGACUGGAGCAUGACGAUCUUGGUAAUUCCUCUUUUGGUGCCUUGCCAGUGCAUCACGGCCUGUGGCAAUCAGCGCAAGAGACGAGUCACGAUCUGCGAGCCCGCAUCAGCAUUGUCGCUCUGGUCCAUGAGGCGCGUGGCCUUGACAUCAAUCCCAUGACUAUUGGAAAGUUUGAGAGAAGCGGCGACAAGGGAAGUGUUGAUGUCCUUCGCAUCAUUCACCGUGAUGAGGUGACGCAUGUCACAACAGGUCAUCGAUGGCUGACUUGGAUCUGCGAAGACGAAGAGACUGACCCUGUCAAUGUCUUUCGAAGCAAUGUCAAGAAAUACUUUAGAGGCAGCGUCAAGGGACCAUUCAAUCAAGCGGAUAGGCAAACAGCAGGACUCGAUGCGGACUGGUACGCCAACCUUGAAGGCACGCCAAAGACUGUUCUGAUUGCUGGCGGUUAAAAAGAUGACUUUGCUAAAGAGUAUUCGCACCACGAAUCAAGGCUUCUUGCGUUAUACAAUGCUUUUCUCGCUGUCUCGCCAAUGCGCUAUACGUUGCUACGAUGCAUGGCAUGCUGGAGCCAUGCCCAAAAAUACUCCACCGCGACUGCAACCUCGUCGGCCGUGUAUACCUCGUCGCCACUCUUGAUCAAUUAUACGAGGCGCUCCUCAAGCUUGUCACAUCUGUCUCGGAAACGUUGCCACCAUGUGCAUUAAAGUCGGACACUCGAUUCUCGAAACAGCUGGUACAGGCAAGUCACUAUCGUCAAAACUCAAGCUAGAUUGCU